ACGUCGUCGUCGUCACGCAUGACGUCACGCGCCUCCUGCGCCUUCUGGGAUGGAGAGGCAGCACAGGAGAGCUAGCGUUGAAGUGAAUGAGAAUGAGGAUGAGGAUGAGUGUGAGUGCUAAGUGUGCUUUUCUCUCGGUUUAUGGCGUGUGUUUGUUCCGGGUGGAGUGCCGUGUUGUUGUCCUUCCCCCAUAUCUCGGAGUAAUUAGACGAGCAGCGCUGUGUAAACAUCUCUGAAGUCAGGAAGUGGGAUGUGGCCCGGCUCUAUCUUCACUUACAGUCUGCGAUGUGACACAAUCCCAGCGCCUCGGGCACGCGCUGCCACUCUUCCCCGCGGAUAUAAGAAGACGUGAGUGAUGGCAUCCGCUUCAUGCAGCUGGACCACGACGAGGACGACGGACGGCUUGGAUUCGGCUCGUGCUGGAAGACUGAAAACCGAUACGUGUGUCGUAAUGUAGCGGACUGUGGUGCAUUUUUUGUUGUAGUUGUUGUUGUUGCCCUGACAAAGCGUCAUUUGCGUCGGAUAAUGGACUCGUCGGUAACGCUGGGCAGGCUGGAGCUCGGGCGCGCCGCCGUGAGCCCGGGCACGCGCCUCAAUGGACCGGGGGCGAGGGAAAGGAGCGCGCAGCAGCAGCAGCAGCACGCGGGGCCGCGCGCGGGACCUCUCGGCUGCGUGCCGCUCUCGCACCAGGUCGCGGGCCACAAGUACGGAGUGGACAAAGUAGGUAUACUGCAGCAUCCCGAUGGUACGGUACUAAAGCAGCUUCAGCCGCCACCCAGAGGACCCAGAGAACUGCAGUUCUAUAGCAUGGUUUAUGCCAAGGAUUGCUGUGACCCCUGCCUACUCGAGCUGCAGCAGCAUCUUCCCAAGUACUACAGCACUUGGUCUUCUCCUGACAGCCCCACAGAGCUGUAUCUGAAGCUGGAGGAUGUCACACGCCGCUUCCAGAAGCCCUGCAUCAUGGACGUGAAGAUCGGCCAGCGUAGCUACGACCCUUUUGCCUCACAGGAAAAGCGUGAGCAACAGAUCAGGAAAUACCCCCUGAUGGAAGAGAUUGGCUUCCUGGUGCUUGGGAUGAGGGUGUACAACGUGGGCUUGGACAGCUUUGACACAUAUGACCAGCAUUAUGGAAGGGGUCUCGUGAAGGAUACCAUCAAAGAUGGACUAUGUAAGUUCUUCUACAACGGCGACCUCCUCCGCCGGGAUGUCAUCACUGCCAGCAUCGCCAAGGUCCAGAGCAUCCUUCGUUGGUUUGAAAAACAGAGCCAGUUGAACUUUUACGCCAGCUCUCUACUCUUCGUCUACGAGGGGCUUCCUUUGACCCCGGUGGAGAAAUCCAGCACCCGGAGCCUACAGAAGAAUGAAGGGGUUCUGGAGUACAACAACAACAUCGAGCAGAGCCUCUCCACCAUGUACUCCCUGCACAAGAAAAGCUGCAUGCAGAACCACCAUCCAAGCAAGCAGGACAACAGCGCAUGGCACGGCCUCACAGAGCUGGACGCCGGCGAGCAGGAGACGGAGGAGAUGCCAGCCGAGGUGGAGGUCCGAAUGAUCGACUUUGCCCACGUCUUCCCCAGCGAGGUCCCCGACCACGGCUACAUCUACGGCCUGAGGAACCUGCUCAAGGUGCUGCAGCAGAUACUGGAUGACUAAAAAAAAAAAAAAAAUGUUCUUCUCAUGGUUCUUCAGCCAUAAUGCUCGGCUCAUCUCAUCAGAGAGGAUAUUUUUAAAGUUGUAGCUACUCUCAUUCCUCUCUCCCCUGUCCAGGUCCUGCACUACCUGGACUACAAUGAAGUAACCCAUUUGAAAAGCUUGGUCUUAUAGUUGGUCUAUAUGCGCCUGAUCGUUUUUUUUUUGUUUUUUUUUUUUAAAUAUAAAAAGUGUUUUACUCAGGUAAACCAAUUACAUGGUCAUUUAUAGUAUUUAUCCUGGCAGCAAUUCAUACCAUCUUAACCCUUUCUCUGUUUUGCUUCAGCAUAAUAGCUUGUAUUUCCCAAGACAAGUUAAACAAGGUAUUGUUUUUAAUUUGUUUUUACAUAGGUGUAUCAUUUGCUUCUCAUGCCUGUGGUUGGUAAGACUAAGAAUUUGGAGUACAUAGCUGUCGAUUUCUUUAACCUGCGCUGCCAAAAUGACCCUGCCUGUGUUUUUUAUUUUAAACUUGCAAUUGACUAGCCUACACAAAUUCCCCUGUGUAAAUAUGGUAUUAUAUUUUCUGUGAUUUAACCAUGCAAUAUGCUGACCCAACAAUGGGGAGGCUCGGAUUUUUAUUGACGUUUUAAAAAACGGUCAAGUGUAUUGAUGAGCUGUCCUGCCUGUCGUGACUGAAAGAAAAAAAAAAACAAACUUAAGUUCAUACCCUUUUCGGCUAUCUUUAAGCCAUGCUUUAUUAAUGCUAUAUUAGCUUAUAAAAUGUUUUGAUACACUUUCCUGAGUGAAUGAAACUUUAUUGUGCAGACAUAGUAUUGAUUUGAGCGCGGGAGGCAAAAACCAGCAUAGUGAUCUUGAUUAUUAAAAAAAAAAAAAAAAAAAUCACUGAUUGAAAGAGGGAGAAAAAUCACUGGAAAAAAAAGAGAGGAAAAACUAUUAUCAAAAUUAAGACCAGGAUUCUCAGAUUUUUCUUUUCCCUCUCAGAGUCAUUGGACAGCUAUUUUUGAAUUUGUUUAUUAUCCUUAACUUUGCAUUGUAUUUAUAUUAACAAAUUCUGUUGCAGCUUUUUUUUAUUAUUAUUUUAAACAAUCAUUUUUAAAUUCUAGGGCAUUGCAGAUUUUAUAGAUUCUCAUAUAGGUGCGUAAUCACUGUAUACACUGACAUACUUAAUAUGUGAAAUGUAUUACUCAUCUCAAAGCUGAUAAGUUGCUUGCUUUAUUCUGCGUUUACUGCAAAUAUCUGGAAAGUGUUCUUUUCCAAUGGAAUGCAUUUCACAUUUUGGUUGGAACGUAUAUGUAGUAUGUCUUAUGACCUUGUCUUAUGCUGAAUGACUGCCGCUGCAUUUGACUCGUCUGAAACUCUGAUUUAACAUUCCUGUUGAUUUAAGCAGAACAAGGGCACGCUUUCUGCUUGUCCCCCCCGAAGAAGAAAGUCGAGCUCUGAAGGAAAAAGCAAAAUUGGAAUUGCAUGUCUUUGGGCAAAGUCGAAACUACCUGUGUGUCUAAUUCCCUGGCUCUUGUCUCACUCUCAGGAAUGUAUUAGUGUUACAAGGACUUCAAAGUAGUCGAGACAUCCGUAUGCAAGAACUCGAAGGAAACAGGCCGUGGGCCAGUUAAAGCUAGAUGCAUUUGUUCUGUAGCAUGCGCCAUUCAGUUGAGGAUUUUGUUUGCAUUCCAGUUAUUUUUGGUCCUGCUAUAACAUUUACAGCAUUCAUGCACUGAAGCAAGUGGAAAUACUGUAUGAUGUAUACAUCAGCCUUCCUGCUGUGAACUAAUCCAUUUGUCUCUGAUUUGUUUUAAAUCUUAUUCUCACUCAUAAUUAUUUUAUUUUUUUUUUAAGCAGUUGCACCUGACUGAGAUUUGCGCUGGUGCUCAAAGCACUUUAGUGAUUUGCUAGACUGGAUUUUUGCCUAUGGAACUAGUUUAAUUGAACUAAUUGUAAAGGCAUCUUACACUUCAAAGGUCUUCAAGUAGAAGAAUCUAAUGUUAACCAUUUUGUAACCUGGUUUUGAUCUUACUUUUUUUUUCCUGUGGCAAAUAAAAGGACUUUUUUUUUUGUAUUUACGUUCUCUCAAAAAAAAAAAAAAAAAAAAAAAAAAAAAUCAGGGUAAAUUUGAUCUUAUUAAGUAUAGUUAAUCUUUGCUGUCCUGGAAUAUGCAGGCUCAUUUACGCCCGAUGGUUUAAAUCCAGCCCUUCAAGCAGCAGGGUUGCGCAAUAAAACAUGGGUUUAAGUAGCUACAUUUGAAUGGUUUCCCAUGUGCUGUAUAAUUUCUGCAAUCCAGAAUGCAGAAACACAUCUGAAAAGUGAUUUUUUUCAAGCUGAGGCUCUGGAAGAAAUAAUCCAGGUUGGGGAUCAGUACUGGAAUGGCCAUUACUCAUGUGAACCCUAUCCUAAUAGACUAAACCAAUUACAGUUUUUGUAAUAUAGAUGUAUAACAUGUAAUAAUCAGACUCAUAUAUUAGGUGUAUAUUUGGCAAAUCUAUCAUUAUUAAUAAAAAUCACUUAAUAAUG